AUGGCUAUCUCCCAGGACAUCCAUAAUCAGUCCAACUUGACAUUUACUCGUACACCUCAGCCCUAUCACCGAAGAGGCGGAAGCUUGAGUAUAACGAAACUGCAUGCCACCGACAAUGGCUCAGAAAAGAGCAGCCCGAGUGAAAAUACUCCUCCACCACCCAGCCGUUCAGACUCCAGCGAGAGUGGAACAGAAGCAGAUGAUGAGAAAGGGCCAUUCCUGAAAGGAUUGCCUGCCCCGCCUCUGCGGAAUCACAAAGGUCUUCGAGGCACAUCUCCAGCUCGGUUGACACCCAUCCCCAGUCCACCAUCGACCCCUCCUGCAUAUGUCCAGGCAGAAGUCUAUGAGUAUUUCAAGGGGAGUCGGAAAGCCGACAAGCCAUCACAGCAGGUAGUCCAGCAGAAGGAAUACGAGAUAUACAAGACGAGGAAGCGGAAAGAAAUCGUCCGCAGGUGUACAGAACUCUCGUUGCUUUGGAGCAUCGGCGCCCUUGUCUGGACGAGCAGAGGCGGCUCCAAGGCUUUCGUGGACUGGCUCAACGAGCUCCUCUCAUUCCUCAUCAUUCCACCUUGCGUUUACCUUGUCUACCCAUUGCGACUAGCCCUUCGGGCGCGCACCCGGGGUCGAACAAUUCUUCAAUCACUUCAACUGGGGUUUCAUAUCCCAUCUCGGUUCGACCCUGGCCCUCUCUUAUAUCCCGUUGUGCUCCCGCUCUGGAUCGCGAUAUCACUCUUCAACCGGACGUCUGCAUUUCUACCCUCUGCGAUUGUUUGUGGAAUAUCUUCGAUUCCGUCUACCAUUCUAAGUACACCCAAAGUCCCAUCAUUCGGACACCACCUACAUUGGUUUGCUUCGAUAGUCCCACUUCAUACCUCGCAGUUACCAUUUCUACGCUCAAUGGGCGCAAUACCGCCCUCCCUAAAGCUCAGUCCCGGAAGCUUGCUCUCCAUGGAGGACUUGGUGGUACUGUUUCCGCUACAUCAGAGUUUACUGGAUGUGCUGGGUUACUUGACCACCUCAAGUCUCGAUAUUGCCGAACUUCAUCUCCUCUCUACCGGUCUCAUCAAUCUCCUUCUCUUUGCAAAAUCACCUCAAGCCGAGAUCCUCAAAGCUCUGUUGUGGAUAGGAGGGUUAUGUCUAUUCAUCUCGUGCAGAGACCUUAUGAUUUGGGAGGUGGCUCUUGCACGUGUGCCUACUUGGAAGUUGCUGAAAAAACGAAAACAUUCAGGCUGGCUCCCUCGCUUAGAUCAGGCCAUCUGCUCCGUUCUCACAGGUAGCAGAUCUCGGCGUGAACGACACGAUUCUUCCGACAGCCUGAGUGAUGAUGACAAUCACGUGAGGCGUCUCCGGUCGACCAAGCGACCGCACUUGAAAUUGCAAAUGAAUGGCAGGUCGCCAACAAUGCCUGUUGCAGAGCCUGCAUCUGCAUUGGAGAUACCAAAGCUCCAUAUGUUCACAGAUGAUUUGCCGACGUUCUCAAUGCCGCUCCGACGAAACACGUUUACCGGAUUUGAUCUCCGACGAAAAAAGGAAAGCUCUGUUGCGCCCAAAAGAACAAGAGCGACGCCCAGUUUCCUUUCGUCCUCAUUCCUGACGCUCAGUAUCGAACAGGCCAAGGUACGGAAAUGGGCAUAUGCAGGAGCUGCAUACCUGCUAGUUGCUGCCACGAUUCUUGGACCAGUGGAACUCUAUGUUAGCAAACGUGCUUUGGAAUCACAUGAACCAUUUGGUUGGGCCUUGGGCUACUUGUUUGGAAACAUACCCGAAUUCCGCUUCUUUGUGGUCAGUAAUCACCUGGAGCGAUGGAUCUGUCUUCCUGCUCGAAUGGAGGUCUUAGCAUCACACAAGGGCUUUUCUUUUGAAGGAUUACGACAGAACAUACUUGGACCAGCAAACACACGUCUUUGCAUCUGUUUAUAUUGCACUGCUGUGUUACUAGUGGGGAUUUUUGCUGUUUUGCGAUUGACCGCAGUUGUCGAAGUUGAUACCAGGCGCAAGGUUUUCCAUGGGAUCAUGGUCGUGAUGCUACUCCCCUCCAUUUUCGUCGACCCAUGUUUCAUUGCAAUGGCGCUCAGUCUCAUCCUUGCGAUCUUCCUAUUGCUGGAUCUUUUCCGAGCCUCGCAACUACCACCCGUAUCCAAGCCGUUGACGAGAUUUUUAGCUCCUUAUGUGGAUGGCAGAGAUCACCGAGGCCCUAUUAUUGUCUCGCAUAUUUUCUUGCUCAUAGGGUGUGCAAUACCGCUUUGGCUUUCACUGGCAGCAGCGCCGCGGCAUGGGAAAGAUCCCUGGGCCGGGUGGGAAACCAGCACGCGAGAUUUGAGCAUGGUCAGUGGUGUCAUCUGUGUGGGAAUGGGUGAUGCAGCAGCCAGCUUAAUCGGGCGCCGUUACGGAAAGACCAAAUGGUAUUGGGCAGGAGGCAAGAGCUUGGAGGGAAGCCUUGCCUUUGCCUGUGCGGUGACCUGUGGACUUGUGGCUUGUUGGGCCUGGCUUAGACUAGGCGGAUGGAGUUCCUGGCAGGAGGAGGAGUCAUUUUGGUGGGCGUUAGCGAAAAGUGGAAUUGCUGGACUGGGGGCCAGUCUGCUGGAAAGCACUUUGACGGCUGCUAACGAUAAUGUGGUGGUGCCUAUUGGGUUGUGGCUUCUGGUGCGAGGCCUCAAAAUAUAG